AUGGAUGUUUGGAGUGCCCUUAUUCUGGUGUGUCUGCUAACGUGCGCUGUUAUCCCACCAUCUUCUCCAGAUCCAAACGACGAAGCAUGCUUGACCCACCUCAGUGAGUCCCUACAAGACCCAUUCAAGAACCUCCAGAACUGGACCAAGGCCACCUUCGCCGACCCAUGUCAGGGCUUCACCUCCUACCUCCAAGGGGCCACCUGCAACAAUGGCCGCAUCUACAAGCUUUCUCUCUCCAACCUCGGUCUCAAGGGCUCAAUCUCACCUUUCCUCUCCAACUGCACCAACCUCCAAGCCCUCGACCUCUCCUCCAACUCUCUCUCCGGCGCCAUCCCAGCCGACCUCAAGUUCCUCGUCAAUCUCGCCGUCCUUAACCUCUCCUCCAACCACCUCUCCGGCGAAAUCCCUCAAGAAAUCGCUCUAUGCGCUUAUCUAAACGUAAUAGAUCUUCACGACAAUUCUCUCUCCGGUCCUAUUCCUCAGCAGCUGGGUCUCCUGGUACGUCUCUCCGUUUUUGACGUGUCGAAUAACAGGUUAUCAGGGCAGAUUCCGGCGUCACUGGGGAAUCGGAGUGCGAUUUUGCCGAGGUUCAAUGCGAGCUCAUAUGAGGGAAAUAAGGAUCUUUAUGGGUACCCUUUGCCGCCGAUGAAGAGCAAAGGGUUAUCGGUGUUGGCCAUUGUUGGGAUCGGAUUGGGAAGUGGGUUCUUGAGCUUGGUUCUCAGUUUUACCGCUGUGUGUAUAUGGUUGAGAGUUUCUGAGCAGAAGAUGACCGCUGAAGAGGGCAAAAUUAGUCAGCUAAUGCCUGAUUAUUGA